AUGUUCGUCAGGCCAGCAGUGCGCUUGGUGUACGAUUUAAGUGUAAGCUUGGUUCACGAUAUGGCUUGUUUGGGCGCAGGCGAGCAGGGCUGGAUGAUACCACCCGAGCUGCUCGUCUACGAGGACAUGUCCCGAGACCAGAAAGUCAGAUAUUUUCAAGAGCUUAUCGACCGAACGAAUCGGGCUUUGGCGGAGACAAUUUCCGUGGAGACGCACGAAGACGUUGGGUUGGUGAAGUUGGCACCUGGAGAUAUUCUGGGCGGCAAGAAUUGUGAGGAGACCAAUCGUUUGUUGCAACUGUUGGCUUAUUUUGCAAUAUCGCGAGCGGCUGGCAGCAAUGCUAGCUUCAUGAUUACACCUCAGUGGGUCACCUCUUGGAGACUGGAGUAUUUUGUUGAGGGGGCCGGAUGGCAAUGGUGGGGUGCGCCACCGGGUGGAGCUGCUGAUCAGGCGGAGCUGCUCGAGGGCAACACUGACGCCACCAGCAUUGAUCUUGUUUGCCUUGCAGAGCCUGUCAGGACUCGGCCUCCAAGCUGCGAGUACACCCAGUCUCGUGGCAUGGUCAGUUACCUGGGCUUCGAUGCGAGGUCCACGUGGCGGUGGCCGCCGAGGGCGACUUGCCGCCGUGGUCCGAAGGCGCCGAUGCGCUGCAGUACGAGAUCGGCAGGAACCUGA